UCUACUCCCUCCCAGAAGAGUAUCCAAGCCUAACCAGGAGCAGCAGCAGCGAUAAAGAAACAUGAACGUGAAAGGCAUGGCUAUAGUCUUGGCUGUAAUACUCUCUGCUACAAUUGUUCAAGCCUUCCCUAUGUUCAGAAGUGGACGAUGUUUAUGUAUUGGUCCUGGACUGAAAGCUGUAAAAGUGGCAGAUAUUAAGAAAGCCUCCAUAAUUUAUCCAAGUAACAGCUGUGACAAAAUCGAAAUUAUUAUUACUCUGAAAGCACAUAAAGGACAGCAAUGCCUGAAUCCUAGGUCCAAACAAGCAGGCCUUAUAAUCAAGCAAGUUAAAAGAAAGAAUUCUUUAAAACAUUGAAAUAUGUGAAAUUCUCAAAAAGAUGAUCUGAAAACCUAGAACAAUUUCACUGGGACUAUGAUAUCUCUAGAAGAUUUAAUACUUUUAAUUAUUUUGCUGUGACUAUGAAAACAUUUGUUUCUGAAAGUAAUCUGUCUGUACUUUGAGCCAUAUUUCAUAUUAUCUUUAGUUAUGAAGGCAACAUUAACAUCAUUAAUGAAGUCAAUUUCUUUAAACCUUAAGCAUGCAUAUAUGUAAUAAAACAUUCCUCAAAUAAUUUUUCAUGAAAAUAGUUUCCCAAAUUUAAGGUAGUACAUAAGUUCUUUUAAAAAUUUCUUAUGUAGCACUUUGUCUUAUAAAAGAUUAAUUUGUGAAAUGUACUGUAAAAAAACUAUAAGCUAUAAGAAAUUG